UGGAAUAUUCUUGCGUCCAGUAUGGAGUCAAUUCACGAAGGGCUAGAAUACCUUGACAACUCAGCAGAUGAUUCCUUCACCAGGGGCCACAAUGGCCUAGUAAAUGGCUACUCGGAGCAUAAAUCCGAUCUGGAAAAUCCAGGUGAAAUACGACAGAAUUUGAGGGCGGCAAUGAAAGGUGCCCGCCAGCGAAUCACAAACCUUCGAUUGGACCUGGAGGAAAAGGAUAAACUUCUGGAUGCAGAAAAGUCAUUAAGAAAAACCUUGGAGGCAGAAUUAGCAGAGAAAACUGAAGAACUAUACAAGGAAAAAACUAUGAGCUUGCGUGCAGAGAAUGAAGGAUAUUCACUCAUGAAUACAACGAGCAGUUUUGGAGAGGAUACUUCCUCAUUUAGGGAAGAAUUAUCCCUUGCACAGCGCUUGAAUCUACAGCUAACAGAGAAGUUAUCCAGAGCAGAAGCUGAAAUCGAAGCAUCCAGAGUAAGCCGUGGUGAACUCUUGGCUCAAACUGAGUCAAAAAUUGCUGCUCGUGGGGCAGCUCUUGUGGAAAAAAUCUACCAAGCCCAGAAGGAGCGAGAUGCCGCUAUGAAUGCCAGACUGCAUAUGGCAAACUCUGAACGAGAGGAGCUAAUUGACAAACUUAGAAGAGCUGAAAGAGAACAUACUGGAUUUGACUCAGGUGUUGACAGUGUGUACGAGGAUGAAGAAACUGAGCCAACCAUGAGGUCCUUACUUGGGAGAUUAACAGCAUCAGAAACUCCUGAAUUAAUUGAUAAAAACGGUCAUCUAAUGGCAACCAAGAUAAGAACAGUACAGAAGAACAGAAAGAAAAUGGUGACUGAAGAACUCAAGGCUGUUAUAGCUGAAAGAGAUACAGCUGUAGAAAAGGCCAAAGCCCUUGAGGCAGAGGUUGUCAACCUACGUAAAGAAAUCGAACUGAUGAAAAAUCAGCACAAGUUGAUGGACAAACAAAGGGUCAAAGCUAUUCAGUCACAGUCAAUUCAAGCUCAACAGGAAAGAGAUCUAGCUUUGAAGAAGUCAAAAAGACUGGAGGAAGAAAUGGAAACAAUAAGAGUCUAUUACAGUUUACACCGCUCAUUGUCUCAAGAACAAUCCCUGCGAGAUCAGUUUAAUCAGACAAUGGAUAGUUUUGAAACUCGCCUCAGAGCAAGAGAUGCAGAUAUUCAACAGGCUCAGCGCAGUUAUGAUGAAGUGGUCGAAAAACUCAAAGUUGUUUCACAAGAGAGAACAACUCUAGCAAAACAGCUGGAAGAGGCUUCAAAAAACAGACGACGUGAAAAGGAACGGGCUGAUAAGUUAGAGAGACUUGUUGGAGUUCUUCGCAAGCGCAUUUCAGAAACUGGCGGAACAAGUGUAGCUACCAUAAACUAGAGGGGAGGGGUGGGUCAGAAUGAACAAUAGGGCACAGAUUAGCAAAGAUAAUCUGAAGGGGGGGGAGGGUUGUCACAUUUACUUCCUACUGUAUAUAUCAUAUAUAUGAAAUGUUGUUUCUUUGCAAAGAUUACAUUUCACACAAUCUUUUGUAGAGAUGGAGAUAGUUUGGAUCAAGAACAAACUAAAUAUUCACUUAUGAAAUAAUUUAUUUGCAGUGGACUCAAUCACAGAGAUACUACAUGCUUUUUAUAUCAGUGCUUUUUUCUGCUUUGUAGAUAGCACUCAAUUCAUACAUUCAUAUAGCUCAACAAAAAAUAAACUAUUAUGCUAAGGUUAUUGCCGUGUUUUGAUAAUGACUGCUGGCUUUUGGGUGAAGAAUACAGAGUUUUAACUGAAUCAUGCCGGAUGGUAUUCGAUGGCCAUCCAGAUACAAUCAGUAUCAGAGUAGUACUGGUGCCAACCAUAGAAGAUGUCACCGUUGUCCUUGACACCAGCAAAAGGAUCAUGGGUAAAUCCAGGUGCCAUGAGCACAUCUUCAUAAAUGCUGUUGAAGUCUUUGGAGAGGAAUUUCUGCAUUCUACCUGUGCCAUAUAUCUGGGUGUGGACCUACAAUGACAAAAAAAUCAUUUAAUAAUCCAUUGCAUGUCGUUGAGCUAAGAAGUCAUUCAGAACAUUCAUGAAAUUAGGAAAACUGUCAAGCAAUGAAAAUAAAAGAUUAAAUAAGUCACUUCAAACAAUUAUUUCUUACUAACCGAGCAUUAGGGCUGCUCUGGGGUAUAUUGGCCCCUGGCUGUGACAGAAUAGACAAGGUGCAGCAAGGUCUGUACAAAUAUGACAGAGGGCCAAUAUUCCCUCUUACAGCUCAGGCAAACAGGGUUAGUAAGUAACGUAUAAUAUGGCUCUUGGACCUAACUUGUUUAGUUGUAAUUUUCUGGCUUAAACAACAAAAGCACAUGGCUCACGACUGUUCUUGUGGAAAUGGUCCAUUUGGGGAAAUACAGACCAAGUAAGAACCAAUGAGGAUGCUGAAAUUUAC